UAAUCUAUUCAAAUAUUUGCUGAACGCGUCCUCACUAGAGCAGUCUACACCUUCCGCACAGCAGAUCAAGAAAAUAGAAUCAAAAUCUUCACCAAAUUUACUCCCGGAGGCACCGCGAUUGAUCACCGGAUCUAGGGUUUCUACACAAACAUUCUCGCAAUCACUCCUCCAAGGGAAUGGGGGAUGACUACUGGAAUAAUCGGCAAGUACCUCUGCAACAAUCCGCGGGUUCCCUAAAACGACCUCGCAGUGAAUAUGAUCUCCCGCCAUCUAGGGUGCCUUUGGGUCAUGAAAUGCAUUAUAAUUUGGCUCAGAAUGAUGAUUACGGUGAGCCCACAAUAGUGAAGGAUACAAAAUCAAUUGGUUCAGCCUACGAUCAUUAUCUUCAGAAUUUGCAAUUACCUUCUGAAGAAAGUACUCACUACGGUGGAAUAGGGUUAGGAAGAUCUGGUGGUGGUGGUGGACCUGCUCUUCCAGUACAUGAUCGCAUUGUAACGGGGCGGCCUGGUGGUGGUGGUCCAAAACCAACACCAAAUGGAAGUGGCUUGGGAUUUGGUGGUCCACUUCCAGUAGAUACAAUUGUCAGACCUCGGGAAACCCUCCCUCUACCUCCAGAUGCUUCCAGCACGCUGUACAUUGAGGGGCUUCCUCCUAACAGCACCAGAAGGGAAGUGGCUCAUAUUUUUCGCCCUUUUGUAGGGUACAGAGAAGUGAGACUUGUAAGAAAGGAAUCGAAGCAUCGUGGUGGAGAUCCUCUUGUCCUUAGUUUUGUGGAUUUCAUAGACCCCGCAUGUGCAGCAACUGCUUUAAGUGCUUUGCAAGGUUAUAAGAUGGAUGAACACGAUCCAGAUUCUACUCACUUGCGGCUGCAAUUCUCUAAGCAUCCAGGUCCUAGGUCUACCCCUGGACCUCGUGGGAGGCGGUGAACCUGCUCCGUACGAUGAAAAACACCGUGUGCCCUGGGGAUGGAUUGGGUUGCUUGACUUUAUAAUUAUUAUAGGUUGUUAAACUUUAUAUAGCUCCCAUUUUGUGGAAGGCUGCACUAGAAUCUCUCAAUCUAGCAGGGAAGAGUUGAAGGCUAACUCUGUGAUUGUUGUCAUAUUUUGAGACAUCUUCCUUUGUUGGAAAUGAAGUAAACAUUCUCCUUUUACUGCAAA